AUGAGGAGAACACUUUUGCUUUCUUCACUUCUAGUGACAGAAGCAGUGUGUGGAGUUGCUCAGUAUUCAAAUUCUUCCUUCGAAUGGGAUGAGAUAAAUUUCCUGUGAGUACGAAGGCCGAAUCCAGCAUUCAGUAUCAAACUAGGAGAAACAAUUCAGUUCUAAAUUUACUUCAUCAGGCUUGCAUUUUGAGACAGUUACACGUAUGUACAAGGAACACACGGACGCCAGAAUUUCUCCUUCAUCGGGGAUUCUUUCGACUUCUCAUACACACCAAACGAGCUUCUCGAGAACGAAAUCGUCCAAAAUCAGGUUAGUGAAAGUGUCUUAAAAAUUGUAUUUCCAAAACUGAUUCUCGUCUUUACUAGCUUGGGACGUCCGCCGGAGGACCAAACUGGGUGGAAUAUCUGACCAACUGCUUCUCGAGAUUACCAUCAAAAUGUAAAAAGCAACUGUGGGAUUUCGCAUUUGCUGGCGCGGAUGUUGAUACCAUCUAGUAAGCUCCAUACCUUUUUAUUUUACACUUCAAAAUUAACGAGAUAUAGUACUCCUCUCCAUCAUAACUACACUGUUCCAUUCGUUGAUCCAAUCCGACAGUGGGCAACUUACGCGGAGCCAAUUCUCCCAGUUGAUCACAGUAAAGCUCUCGUAGCCGUCUUCAUAGGAAUAAACGAUAUAAACGAUUUGACCAAAGUCACGUUUCCACUAGGAAAUACGACGGAUUUUCCUUCUCUCUAUAGAGAAGUUGUAAGUUCGGAAUUUCGCGCUUUGGAGAGGGUAUGUGAGGCUGGGUAUCGAAACUAUCUAUUCAUGAACCUACCACCACUGGAUAGAAACGUACGAUCCCCUUUCCUCCUAAGCCUAGAUGCUUUUCGUGCUACUAUCCUUAAUAGCCAGCAAAUACAGCAAAAGGCCCCUCAGCCGUUCUCCCAAACGCAACAAUGCUCCACCAAUUCAACAGACAGAUUUCCACCUCAGCAAGCGAAUUCCAGACCAAGCAUCCAGAUUCCAAGACUAUGGUUUUUGACACCUAUGGGUACUUGAGUGGGAUUUUGGAUCAUCCGGCCGAGUUUGGUAUCACGAAUACCACGAACUUUUGUCCGCGAUAUGAUGCCCCUGAUAUUGCGACAGAUUAUGCGAAGUAUGGGUGUCAGCCGCUAAGGGAGUACUUUUGGUAUAAUAGUGGGCAUAUCACUUCGAGGAUUCAUGAGUUGAUGGCUGGGGAUGUGGAUGAGUUUUUGAGGGAGGAGAGUGGGGCUUGUUAUUAG